AUGUCGAGUUCGAAACAUACACAAGAGGAACGGCCAUCUCAUUGCGAGAGGUCGAAUUUCACAACCAAGGAGGAUCUGACUACAAUGACAGUAGCCCCCGAAAAACCAUCCAAAUCAUUGGCAAAGCUUGCCAGACCGAGGAAACAAAGCAAUACCACUAAUAUUGCUAUUGGAAAACCUUCCAUGAGGUUGGAUAACACGAAGUCAAAGCAGUAUUCGUGGAAUCCAAAGGCAACUCUGAUACAUUACACGACAGCCCCUCUAACAUCCCGAAUAUCUAAACCCCCUUUGGCAUCAACAAACGAGCGACAGCCUAGACCUCUACAGGAAUUACCUCUACAGAAGCACGAGGCUAUCAUAUUGGAGGAUCUUCUUUACGUUCUGAUGGGUUAUGAAGGACAAUAUAUUCGAUUCGCAGAGAGCUAUGAUUCGUCUUCCGAGAGAGACCGUCUUGCUGGUCCCAAUUUCACAAUUCUCCCCGGCCUGAAUGUCAGUUUGCAAGAUCUUACUACGAAGAUGUUGAAGAUGGCCACCUACUACAUGGCGAUUGAGAGUUUUCUGGAAAUUCAAGGAGAACGAGAAUACGGAUCCAUGAAUCAUGCUCUAUGUGCUGCGAUUAGGAAACAUCUGCAAAGUUACCUCGUUAUGGUCGUACAACUAGAGACUCAAUUUCUCACCAAUCUCGACUUCACAUUGAACGUUUUGAAUUUGCAUACUUUAGCAGCUAGUCACAUGCUGUUCCAGAUAUAUUCACUUGGACGAGAAAUAUUGAAACAGAAUGCAAUUUUGGAAGAAGACUCUGAUGGUGACGUUGACGAUUUUGAUAACAUUCUCGAAAGUUUGCGGACAGGUGAGGAUCUAAGCAAGGGGGUUGCCAUGAACAAACGACUGUGUAUCGGUGGAAAUGUUUUGCGUCUCCUCACAACGCGACUUGAUAGGAUGUCUGGAGACCCUGCAGCCCGAGCUAUUCUUACUUCCCUAUUGAAGGAAGCCAGCCGUCCAUAUAUGUUGAUGCUAAACGAAUGGCUUCACUAUGGCAUUAUCAAAGACCUGCACGGGGAAUUCUUGAUCAAGGAGCAAAAGAGUAUUGGAAGAGAGAAAUUGGAAGACGACUAUACGGAUGAAUAUUGGGACCGCCGAUACACUCUUAGGGAUGAAGUUCCGCCUCAGCUGGAAGCUUUCAAAAACAAAGUUUUGUUGGCCGGAAAAUAUCUAAAUGUGGUGCGUGAAUGUGGAGGGAUAGAUUCAAACAAGACUCUUCAAAAUCUCCCACAAUCAUUCUCCUUUGACGAUAUUCGAUUUUCGGAAAAUAUCAACAACGCCUAUACGCAUGCGAACGAAUCGUUGUUAAAAUUACUCCUUACAACUCAUGAAUUGCCCGCUAGACUGCGGUCAUUGAAACGUUAUUUCAUGCUCGAAAGAUCACAUCUUUUUAUCUCGUUCCUCGAGCUCGGAGCAUCCGAGUUUCGAAAACCUAUAGACAAGAUUAAUAUGAGCAAGGUGGAAUCUCUACUGGAUCUUGUUCUACAUCAGCCAGGGACUGCUCAAGACGCUUUUAAAGAAGAUCUUCGUGUUGAAAUGAACUCAACUAGCCUGAUUGAUUCUCUAAACCGAGUGGUUAGUAUAUCUGGAAUGGAGCAAGGUGAAGCGCUUGAAGUACACACUGCUCAGCAAAGUGAGAGUGAACGGAUACCCAUUGGAUUUACAUCAUUGCAGCUAAAUUGCUCGGUACCAUUUCCCGUAUCAUUGGUCAUCAGCCGAAAAACAAUCUGGAGAUAUCAGGUACUAUUUCGAUUCCUACUCUCACUACGAUACCUAGAGAGACAAUUGCUAGGGAGUUGGCAAUCUCAAAAUAAAGGCAUCAGGUGGUCACAUAAAACAUCUAAUAACGAGGUCGAAUAUUGGAAACGUCGCGUCUUUGUUCUACGAGCUCGAAUGCUUGUAUUUGUUCAACAACUUUUGAGCUUCUGUACCUCCGAGGUCAUUGAACCGAAUUGGCAAAUUUUGAUGGCUAAACUCGAAUCAGACGGAUCAAGUGAUUCAAGACCGGCUGUUAGUACCGUAGAUGAGCUGAUGCAGGAUCAUGUCAAUUUUUUGGAUACUUGUUUGAAGGAGUGUAUGCUUACUAAUAGUAAACUUUUGAGGAGACACACUAAACUUCUACAAACGUGUACCCAUUUCGCGUCAUGUACAGGACGCCUAUCCAAGGAGUUGGAAAAGUUGGAUCCAGACCUAACAGGAUCGAAGCGGCCAGCAACAAUGUGCAAGCUACAGUGGGCACACUUCCAAACCGAAAAAUCACGCUCCAGCUCCGAGCACUCGGCAUCUACGAUAGGGGAAAGACCGCCUCUGGACAAAUUGCGCGAUUUGAUGGAUAAAUUCGAAUAUAGCUUUGGGAAAGGUCUGCAGGGUUUCAUCGAUGCGUUGAAUCAUUUUGCGGCUACGGAAACGGUGGGUUUCUUGGGUCUCUGUGCGAGGUUGAGUACGGUGAAUCAGGGGACGGUGUUUAGUGGGUUGAGAAAUGAGGAGGGUGUGGAGGAUUGA